AUGUCGGACAGGCCAGAGCCCAGCUCCCCCUGGCAGGAGCGAGCCUGUGCCCCCCGAGGGGCUGCAGCCGGCCAGGGCCCCCGGGCCCUGCUGCUGGUGGAGCCGGGGCAGCCUCCAGGCGAUGGAUUGGUGCGCGCAUUCCUGGAGCCCCUGCGGGCGCUGUCCGUGGCCCCCGACUCUGUGUGCGGGAUCUGUGGCAGGGGCCCUGGGCCCUCCUGGUGGUGUCCCCCACCGCCCUGCUCACCGCUGGCUGAGGUGGUGGGCGCUCACCUGAGCGGCCCGCAGACCCCAGGCCGCAGGAAGCUCAGCCCUGGGGCUCACCAUGACGGCAGCAGACCAGGCAGCCAGGGUCUGGAAGGUGAGGUGCGAUUCAGGUCACAGAGGGUGACCUCGGAGGAGCCCACCCACCCCCAGGCUCAGGUUCCUAAGCUGCGUGCCCUGCUGCGGGACACUGAUCCGGAGCCUGUGUCACAGCUGGGGAGACCCCUGCCAAGCCCCACAGGGCCUUCACAGAGCCUGCCCCCUCCCGCUGGGGGAAGCAGCCAGGCCACGCCCCUCCGACCAGGAAGCAGCCAGGCCACGCCCCUCCCACCAGGAAGCAGCCAGGCCACGCCCCUCCGACCAGGAAGCAGCCAGGCCACGCCCCUCCCACCAGGAAGCAGCCAGGCCACGCCCCUCCCACCAGGAAGCAGCCAGGCCACGCCCCUCCCACCAGGAAGCAGCCAGGCCACGCCCCUCCCACCAGGAAGCAGCCAGGCCACGCCCCUCCCACCAGGAAGCAGCCAGGCCACGCCCCUCCCACCAGGAAGCAGCCAGGCCACGCCCCUCCCACCAGGAAGCAGCCAGGCCACGCCCCUCCCACCAGGAAGCAGCCAGGCCACGCCCCUCCCACCUGGAAGCAGCCAGGCCACGCCCCUCCCACCUGGAAGCAGCCAGGCCACGCCCCUCCCACCAGGAAGCAGCCAGGCCACGCCCCUCCCACCAGGAAGCAGCAGUGUCAUCACCUGCUGA